GCGCCUUCAGAUGGAGAAACGCAGCCUUCACACACACCACGGAGCCGCGCUGAUAUGGCCGCUCGCAGCAGACGCGCCGUGUUCGUGUUUUGUUUUGUGUGUCCAGCUUUUUGCCAUAAGGCUGUAAAUCCUUCCUGAGACAGAUAAAGCCAGAAGGAGGAGGAAUAAGGGAUGAAUCCUCUUCUGCUGUGUGGAUUCGUGUCCACUGGCGAGCAACAUGGACAACAACAGAUCCAGAUCAGGUCUGAUUUUGGAUUUUGGGAACCAAACCAGUGUUGCAGCUGGUGGUCCAGUGAAGGGAACCGGGGGGAGUUCGGUUUUGCACGGCAUGGCCGUGGCCACUCAGGCCCUUCUGCUUCUGGCCAUCUUUCUUCUGUCCAGCUUGGGCAACUCAACUGUUGUGAUGGUCAUCAUCAAGCACAGGCAGCUGAGGACGGUAACCAACGCUUUCAUCAUGUCCCUGUCUUUAUCUGACUUCCUCACGGCCGUCCUCUGCCUGCCGUUCUCCUUCAUGAUGCUGUUCAGCAAGGACGGCACAUGGAUGUUCGGCGACCGCUUCUGCGUAGCCAACGGCUUCUUCAACACCUGCUUUGGAAUUAUCUCCACACUGACCAUGACCCUGAUCUCCUUUGACCGGUAUUACGCCAUCGUCAGGCAGCCUCAGGAGAAAAUUGGUAGGAAGAAGGCCAUGCAGCUGCUGGUGGCCGUUUGGCUGUCAGCGGUGGUCUUCUCCUUCCCUUGGUACCUUUUCUUCUGGACGUCUGACCAUCUGGUGGUCCACAAGCCAGGCUUCUACCACUGCAUGUACGUUUUCCACUCCAGGAGCUCCAGGAUGGGCACCACGUACAGCGUGGCCUUGAUAGUGGUCUGCUACCUCCUUCCUUUUGCGCUCAUGUGCUUCUGCCACUACAACAUCUGCAAGACGGUCCGGCUGUCGGAGAUUCGAGUGCGCCCGGUGACCACUUAUGCCCACCUGCUGCGCUUUUACAGCGAGAUGAGGACGGCCACCACGGUGCUUAUCAUGAUCGUCUUCAUCAUCUUCUGCUGGGGGCCGUACUGCUUGAUGGGAAUAGUCACUGCCGUUGGAGAUUACACCUUCAACCCGGCCAUGGACACCGUGGCCAUGUGGAUGGCGUGGGCCAACGGCGCCAUAAACCCGCUGAUCUACGCCAUAAGGAACCCCAACAUAUCCAUGCUGCUGGGACGAAGCAGGGAGGAAGGCUAUAGGACUAGAAACAUCGCCGCCUACCUGUCCCGGACGCGGCCGGACAGGAUUAGAGACCGGACGCGGCCGGACAGGAUUAGAGACCGCUACACCAGCCGCCACGGCGCUGGAAGUCGGGUGUCUUCCUCCAGUCCAGCCAACGGCGGAGAAGUGGCCAUGUGGGCUUGCAAAAACCCAGCGGUCUUCUUCUGCAGGGACGGCCAGCCUGACACGGUCACUGAAGCCGCUGUGCCAAAGGCCGAGACGGCCAACACCAGCUUGUGAUAUUACUUUUUACUCCUUUCCAGCAGUGGAUUUCCCACAAAGUCACCUGAGUGUUCGCAAUCAGAAAGCCACGUAAAUAUGGCCAGGUUUGGGGGGGCCAUGGAUCAAAGGGCAACUCCAAAGAUGUUUCCAAGAUUUCUGCUUCACCCAUCAAGGGUUGAGAAGUCAACAAAGGCAUUCCGAGCAGUUGGAUUGUAGAGGAAAUGUUUUAUUGUUGAGAAACAGAGGAUUUUUGACAGUGGUGGUGAUGGGAACCAGGGGUCGCCAUGACUACAGCACAGAUAUAGACACUUUAUUUACCAUCCAGAACCUCCAGAGAACCCUUCUGAGCUUUUAUAUGUAAGGCUGGUGAUGGUGAAAUAGUGGUAAAUCUGAAAAACCAUGGAAAGUAUUUCACCUCACAUGCCCUGCGUGUAAUUCUCUCUGAAAACUACCGCAGAACAAAAUCUCAGAACCGUUUCACGUAGUAACUCUGUGUCUUUUAGAGGUGGACGUCUGGUUCCUACCAUCACCACUGUGACCAGAUCUGACUGAGCAUUUCACUUCAAACCACUCUGAAUGGCUUUGUUUAACCAAUCAAAUAGGAAAACUGGAAAAAUCGCUGGAAUUUCGCUUUAAGACUAACCUUGGACUGAAGUGCAGUGCCAAUCAUGAAUCAGGGCUGGGCGUCUGUCUCGAUACCAAUAUCGAUACCUUGACUUUGAUAUUGAUUCCUGAACAGGAGGAAAAGUGCAUGACGCUUUGUUUUCCCAGUAAUUUGAAAUGCAGGAGGCCGACAGCGUGUUCCGAUUUGGGUAACACUUUCUUUUACAGUCCCUUAAAAGUUCUCCACUCUUAAAAAAUCGUCCUUCAAGGGUUCUUUAUUAAAGGCAGUGGUUCUGUAUAGUACAGUGGCCACUCAAAGAACCAUUUGAACGCAUAAAUUGUUGUUUGCAUGGUCAAACGGUUCUUCUCUGUGAUGGAAAAGCUGUUGUUCUUGCUUCUUUAAAGAAACCUCUUAAAAAUUGGUUCCUUAUAGCACCAAAACAAUUUUCUACUCUUGUUAAAGAUCCUUUUUCUGAGAGUGUAGGUACUAAUCAAGUAAGCGUGAGGUACUCCAAAGAACUAGAUAACUAUUUUGGGUAGCGUGAUCAUAAGUUCCAAAGCACUCAAACUAAACUACAUUUAAAUAUAUAAAACAGGUUCUAGAUAUUAACUGGGUGAGUGUGUGGAACCCUACAGUACGGUGCGAUUAUGUUGGGUAGUUAUUUGGAGUAAAAAGAUUCUAUGUGAAUGAAGCACAAUCUUCAUUAAGAGUCUUAUAGGUCGUUCCACAGAAACGUCCACUUUUCUUUCUGUCCAUCGGAGUCACUGGUGUCACUGACCGUCAUCAGUGUUCCACGUAAUAAAGGAAACACCAGAGACGUUUUUAAUGAUCAAUGCAUUUUAUAAAUCGGCUGCUGCAGAACAUCAAACCACACGCUGUCCAUCAGGGAACGUCCACUAAAAUAUGGAAUUUAAUC